AUGUCUGUUAGUGCAACAGAGAAUGAUCCUCCUAGAUUCUUCGUGGGUGGAGAAGAUGGAGAAGAAUUACUGGAUUCAACCAGAUCUACAGAUUAUGAACACUUCUACGGGGAAGAAGAGGAGGAAGAAUAUGACUCUCCUCCUGAAAGACAAAUUGCAGUUGGGAUUUGUUCAAUGGCAAAGAAAUCUAAGUCCAAACCAAUGAAAGAAAUUCUUGAACGCCUCUCCAUGUUUAAGUACAUAACUGUGGUAAUAUUUGAAGAGGAUGUUAUUUUGAAUGAGCCAGUAGAAAACUGGCCGUUAUGUGACUGUCUCAUUUCUUUUCAUUCUAAAGGUUUUCCACUGGACAAAGCAGUUGCCUAUGCAAAACUCAGGAAUCCAUUCAUAAUCAAUGACUUGAAUAUGCAGUAUCACAUACAAGACAGGAGAGAAGUAUACAGUAUUCUGAAAGCUGAGGGCAUUUUACUUCCUCGCUAUGCAGUUCUGAACCGUGAUCCAAACAAUCCCCAAGAAUGCAACCUAAUUGAAGGAGAAGAUCAUGUGGAAGUGAAUGGAGAAAUUUUCCAAAAACCUUUUGUAGAAAAGCCAGUUAGUGCUGAGGACCACAAUGUUUACAUUUAUUACCCAACAUCUGCUGGGGGUGGAAGCCAAAGACUCUUUCGAAAGAUUGGCAGCAGAAGCAGUGUUUAUUCCCCUGAAAGCAGUGUGAGAAAAACAGGCUCCUACAUUUAUGAGGAAUUCAUGCCUACAGAUGGCACUGAUGUAAAGGUGUACACAGUAGGUCCAGACUAUGCUCAUGCUGAAGCCCGCAAGUCUCCAGCUCUGGAUGGCAAGGUAGAACGAGAUAGUGAAGGAAAAGAAGUGAGGUAUCCAGUCAUCCUGAAUGCAAGAGAGAAGUUAAUUGCUUGGAAAGUAUGCCUGGCCUUUAAACAAACAGUUUGUGGCUUUGAUUUGCUGCGUGCUAAUGGACAGUCCUAUGUCUGUGAUGUGAAUGGCUUCAGUUUUGUGAAAAACUCCAUGAAAUACUAUGAUGAUUGUGCUAAGAUACUGGGGAAAAAAAAUAUCAUAAUGAGAGAGCUUGCUCCCCAGUUUCAUAUACCAUGGUCAAUUCCUUUGGAAGCUGAAGACAUCCCUAUUGUGCCAACCACCUCUGGAACCAUGAUGGAGCUUAGAUGUGUUAUAGCUGUAAUACGCCAUGGGGACCGAACACCAAAACAAAAAAUGAAAAUGGAAGUAAAACAUCAGAAGUUUUUUGAUCUCUUUGAAAAAUGUGAUGGGUAUAAAUCUGGAAAACUAAAACUGAAAAAACCAAAACAGUUGCAGGAAGUGCUUGAUAUAGCAAGACAACUUCUUAUAGAACUUGGGCAAAACAAUGAUUCUGAAAUUGAAGAAAGUAAGGCAAAACUUGAACAGCUAAAGACUGUGUUAGAAAUGUAUGGGCAUUUUUCAGGCAUAAAUCGCAAAGUUCAGUUGACAUAUCUUCCUCAUGGUUGUCCAAAAACUUCCAGUGAAGAGGAAGAUAAUAGAAGAAAUGAGCCAUCCCUGCUUCUGGUUCUAAAAUGGGGAGGAGAAUUAACCCCUGCAGGCAGGGUUCAAGCAGAGGAGCUUGGAAGGGCUUUCAGGUGUAUGUAUCCAGGUGGACAAGGAGAUUAUGCUGGGUUUCCUGGAUGUGGUUUACUUAGAUUACACAGCACUUACCGACAUGAUCUCAAAAUCUAUGCUUCUGAUGAGGGACGAGUUCAGAUGACGGCAGCAGCUUUUGCAAAGGGACUCCUGGCCUUGGAGGGUGAGCUGACUCCUAUCCUUGUCCAGAUGGUAAAAAGUGCAAAUAUGAAUGGUCUGUUGGACAGUGACAGUGAUUCUUUAAGCAGCUGUCAGCAUCGUGUUAAAGCAAGACUCCAUGAGAUUCUCCAGAGAGACAGAGAAUUUACUGCUGAAGAUUAUGAUAAGCUUACUCCAUCUGGAAGCAUCUCAUUGAUAAAGUCAAUGCAGGUUAUUAAAAACCCUGUGAAGACAUGCGACAAGGUCUAUUCCUUGAUCCAGAGCUUGACUUCUCAGAUCAGGCAAAGAAUGGAAGAUCCAAAAUCUGCAGAUAUUCAGCUGUACCACAGUGAAACACUAGAACUGAUGCUGCGCAGGUGGGCCAAGCUGGAAAAAGACUUUAAAACAAAAAAUGGAAGAUACGAUAUUAGUAAAAUUCCUGAUAUUUAUGACUGUAUAAAAUAUGAUGUGCAGCACAAUGGCUCCUUAAAAUUAGAAAACACAAUGGAGUUAUACAGGCUUUCAAAGGCUUUAGCUGACAUUGUGAUCCCUCAGGAAUAUGGCAUUUCUAAGGCUGAAAAGCUAGAGAUUGCUAAAGGUUACUGCACUCCUCUUGUUAGAAAAAUCCGUUCUGAUCUUCAGAGAACUCAAGAUGAUGAUACUGUAAAUAAGCUUCACCCUCUUUACUCCAGGGGUGUUAUGUCCCCUGAACGCCAUGUUCGUACACGGCUGUAUUUUACCAGUGAGAGUCAUGUCCACUCCCUGUUAUCCAUCCUUCGUUAUGGUGCCUUAUGUGAUGAGUCAAAAGAUGAACAGUGGAAACGAGCUAUGGAUUAUUUAAAUGUUGUCAAUGAACUAAAUUACAUGACACAGAUUGUUAUCAUGCUUUAUGAGGAUCCAAACAAGGAACUUUCUUCAGAAGAACGUUUUCAUGUAGAGCUGCACUUCAGUCCAGGAGCCAAAGGCUGUGAGGAAGAUAAAAACUUACCAGCUGGAUAUGGAUACAGACCUGCCUCCAGAGAGAAUGAAGGCUUGAAGAAAACCUCUAACAGAAAUGAUAGUGAUGAGGAGGCACAUGCUUCUAAAAGAGAUGAAACAGAUCGGGCAGUAGUGAUGUUCAAGCCAAUGGUAUCAGACCCAAUUCACAUACACAGAAAGUCACCCCUUCCACGAUCCAGGAAGAUUGGUUCUGUUGAAGAAGAGAGCCCCCUGAGUGUGUCUAGCCCAGAGUGUAUUGGUACCUGGCUGCAUUACACCAGUGGUGUGGGUACUGGGCGUCGAAGACGCAGAUCAGGGGAACAAAUCACUUCUUCCCCUGUCUCCCCUAAAUCAUUGGCUUUCACAUCCAGUAUUUUUGGCUCAUGGCAACAGGUCCUAUCAGAAAGCAAUAGUAACUUACGAACACCGCGAACUAUUCUGGAACAAAAGCAGAGUGGUCUAGGGUCUCACUGUGCGGGCCUGUUUAGCACCUCAGUGCUCGGGGGUUCUUCAAGUGCACCUAACCUACAGGAUUAUGCUCGUACUCAUCGUAAAAAGCUGACUUCUGGCUUCACAGAUGACACCACACGCGGUUCUGCUGUUAAAAGGUUUUCUAUCUCAUUUGCUCGACACCCAACCAAUGGUUUUGAACUAUAUUCAAUGGUGCCUUCUAUUUGCCCUUUGGAAACUCUACACAACUCCUUGUCUCUGAAGCAGGUUGAUGAAUUUCUUGCCUCUGUUGCUGCUCCAUCAAAGGAAAAUCUACAGGAGACAUCUUCUCCAUCUUACAUGAUUCCACUGUCAGGAAGAAAAAUGUCUUUAAAUACAUAUACCCCUGCAAAAAUUCAACCAACACCACUUGAAACUUUCCCUGAAAGGAUAGCAAUAGAGAAACAAACCUUACCUACCCCUGGAUCUUCUAUUUGUGUGUCUAACAUAAAGCUAUCUCUUGAAGAAACCUCGCUAGAUUUAGAACUUAGUGGUGAAACUCUUUCUGAGAACUAA